GCGAGCAACUAUCUAGCAGCGCACUCCACUCCACCGACAACAUGAGCUCCGCCUGGAACCCGCUGCCCUACCGGCACAUGCAGUAUGAGCCCGGCCGGGACCCGGUGCCCGUCCCGCGGCUGUCCGGCACCUCUGGCCGGCGUAGCGCCCGCAGCCUCGGGCUAGCCCAGCACAUAACCCCGGGCCUGGGCUACUACCCCCAGGACGGUCCGGCGGAAAGGAUGAGCGAGAAGCAGUUGAUGCAAGGACUGAAUGACCGCUUCGCCGGUUAUAUCGACAAGGUCCGGCAUCUGGAGCAGCAGAACCGGGGGCUGGAGGCGGAGAUGGGGCGGCUUAGGCAGCGGCAGGCCUCGCCGUCCCGCCUGGCCGCCGUCUACGGCCCGGAGCUCGAUCAGAUGCGCCGCCUGGUGCGGGAUACGGAGUGGCAAAAGGCGGAGGCUCAGCUGGAGCGGGAGCGGCUUGAGGAGCGGCUGCGGGAAGUGGCGGCUCGGUGCGAGGACCAGGAGCAGAUGCGGCAACGGCUGGAGGUGGAAGCCCGUGGCUACAUGAAAGACAGCGAGGAUUCGCGGCGAGUUAAGUUGCAACUGGACAAGAGAGCGCUGGCGUUGGUCGAAGAGGUGGUCGCGCUACGGGACACCCACCACGACCAGGUGUCCGACUUACGCGGCCACAUCCAGGCGCCUCCACUCACACACUCGCCCAAACCCGGCCUGGCGGCGGAGUUGCGGGAGAUCCGAGCUCAGAUGGAGGGUUGUACCGGCACCGACCUGGGCCAGGCCGAGGAGUUGUUCCGCUUCAGGGCCGCCGCGCUCGGACAGGCCGCUCAGACCAACAGCGAGGCGCUGCAACGCAGCCGGCAGGAGAUCGGAGAGUUCCGGCGCCAACUUCACUCCAAGACCGUGGAGCUGGAGGCGGCGCGGGGAACCAAACAGUCUCUGGACCGGCAGCUGAGCGACAUUGAGGACAGGCACGACUCCGAGCUGCUGCAGUACCAGGGCACCAUCCAACAGCUGGAGCACGAACUGAUAAACACAAAAUGUGAGAUGUCCCAACACCUGAGUGAGUACCAGGACCUGCUCAAUGUCAAGACGGCCUUGGACGUGGAGAUUGCUUCGUACAGGAAACUACUGGAAGGCGAGGAGACAUGGUUUGGUUCCAUGGGUUGCAGCGUCGCCCCUUCCUACACGUACAGACAGACUCAAUCGCUGACUCAUUCCAUCUACGCCCCGGCCAGCGCGCAGGGCACUCCCACCAAGACAGCCCCUCGGUACAAGUUUGUGGAAGAAAUUAUCAGUGAAACAACCAAAGAGGUCGACAUGGACGAGCUGGAAGCCUCUGGGCUGAGAGUCAUGUCUGAGGACGGGUCUGGGGAUGGAGUGGACGAGGAAUGGUCAACCAGGCCGGAGGACGAGGCAACCACAGCCGAAGCCUCGGAUGAAGAGGAGGCCGAGAGGAGCAGUGAAACUAAGGAAGACAGCGCAGAGGAAGGCGGCAUCGAGAGUAACGAACCUGAGGAGAAAGUCACUACAUCUGGAGCAGAGAGUGACGCGGGUAUAACAGAAAGCAAAUGUGGGAAAGAGAGUGGAGUAGAUGACAGCGCUGUCCAGGCGGAGGGAGGGAUAGUGGAGGAGGAGACUGCAGGUAGUGAAGAGGAGGUUAGAGAGGGAGAAAGCAAAGAGGGAAACGCGUUGGAAAGUGAAGAAAUUGGUAAAUCAAUUGAACCGUCUGAAGAGCAAAGUCUUACCGAGGGGAAAGACGUCGACGAGGAAAAACCGUCAGAAAGAAAAGCAGAGAGAGAAGAUAUUGCAGGAAUCACAGUGUCUAAUGAGCAGGAAGCAACAGAAACAAAAGCAGCGGCUGAAGAAGUUAGCACAAGCGAUAAAACCGAGAGUGUUAAACAAGGAGUGAUGGAGGGAAGUCAGCGUAAAGAGGAAAGAAGCGGCAAGCGACAGAGUGAAGAGCGAGUACAUCAACAGCAGGAGGAGUUGAAAGUAAUGAAGCAAAAAACAACUGUUGCGUCUGAAGUCAGAGGGGAAAGUGAAGGUGAUAAGAAAGAGGAUAAAGUGGAGAAAGCAAAAGAGGAAUCACGAGGAGACGAGAGAGAAACUGCUCCCCGAAUAUUAGCAAAAGAAAGCGAAAGCCAGAAAGCUAAAGUUGAAACAAGGGAAGAGAUAACAAGGCCUGAGGUGAUUGGGCAAGUGGAGAAACCGCAGCAUCAGAUAGAAGGCAGCAAGAAACUCUCUGUCUCCAAGGAGGGGAACGAAGGCAGUCAAGAGAAAGGAGAAACAAAGGAAGAACAGAGUGAGAAAGAGAAAGGAGAAAGUGAAGAAAAUGUAGAGAAAAUCUCAGUAGAAAGAGUGGAAGAAAAAAAGGUAGCUGAAACUCCCAGAAGCAAGGACCAACAAUCUGGGGACAAGGACCAACAAUCUGGGGACAAGGACCAACAAUCUGGGGACAAGGACCAACAAUCUGGGGACAAGAGUCCACAGUCUGGGGACAAGGGUCCACUAUCGGGGGAGAAGGUCCAACAAUCUGGGGACAAGAGUCCACAGUCUGGGGACAAGAGUCCACUAUCGGGGGACAAGGGUCCACAGUCUGGGGACAAGGGUCCACAGUCUGGGGACAAGAGUCAGUCUGGGGACAAGGACCAACAAUCAGGGGACAAGGGUCCACAGUCUGGGGACAAGAGUCAGUCUGGGGACAAGGACCAACAAUCGGGGGACAAGGGUCCACUAUUGGGGGACAAGAGUCCACUAUCAGGGGACAAGAGUCCACUAUCGGGGGACAAGGGUCCACUAUCGGGGGACAAGAGCCCACAAUCAGGGGACAAGAGCCCACAAUCAGGGGACAAGAGCCCACAAUCUGGGGACAAGGACCAACAAUCUGGGGACAAGAGCCCACAAUCUGGGGACAAGGACCAACAAUCAGGGGACAAGAGUCCACAAUCAGGGGACAAGAGUCCACUAUCGGGGGACAAGGGUCCACUAUCGGGGGACAAGGGUCCACUAUCGGGGGACAAGGGACCACAAUCUGGGGACAAGAGUCCCCACAAUCAGGGGGACAAGAGUCCACUAUCGGGGGACAAGGGUCCACUAUCGGGGGACAAGAGUCCACUAUCGGGGGACAAGAGUCCACUAUCGGGGGACAAGACUCAAUCUGCGGACAAGAGGCCACUAUCGUGGGAGAAGAGUCCACCAUCGGGGGACGAGAAGGAACCAUCGGCGGACAAGAGUCCACCAUCGGCGGACAAGAGUCCACUAUCGGGGGACAAGAGUCCACUAUCGGGGGACUCAGGGGACAAGAGUCCACUAUCCGGGGACAAGAGUCCACUAUCGGGGGACAAGGGUCCACUAUCGGGGGACAAGGGUCCACUAUCAGGGGACAAGGGUCCACUAUUGGGGGACAAGACUCAGUCUGAGGACAAGGGUCCACUAUCGGGGGACAAGAGUCCACUAUCGGGGGACAAGGGUCCAACAUCGGGGGACAAGAGUCCACUAUCGGGGGACAAGGGUCCACUAUCGGGGGACAAGAGUCCACUAUCGGGGGACAAGGGUCCAUCGGGGGACAAGAGUCCACUAUCGGGGGACAAGGGUCCACAGUCUGGGGACAAGAGUCCACUAUCGGGGGACAAGGGUCCACUAUCGGGGGACAAGGGUCCACUAUCGGGGGACAAGGGUCCACUAUCGGGGGACAAGAGUCCACUAUCGGCGGAGAAGGUCCAACCAUUUGGGGACAAACAAACACAGUCUGGGGAGAGGGUCCCAGGGUCAGGAGACAGGAGCCCACAGCCUGGAGACAAAGGGCUACAGUCGGGAGACAAGGUUACACAGUCAGGGGACAAGAGCCCGCCGUCUGGGGACAAGGACUCAGUGGCCAUCAUAAAUGGGUUGGACAUCAACAUGGAUAAUGAAGAAAGUGAAGCUGAAAUUGAUAAGAAGAUGCCAAAUACCCCAGAGGUCGUUCAGAAGAUCACAGAGAAGACAACUGAGCACACGACGAUAUCUAAAGUCUCCAUCACCCGCACAGUGAAUGAGGAUAUGACGACGGUGGUAACAGUGGCCACAGCAGACCCAGAGAGUGCCGCCAAGGAAAGUAAAUGAAGACUGAGGCAGCAUUAGUUCUUCGAUGAUAGAAAUGCAUGUUUCACAGCAGAGCGGGCACUGCAGAAUUUCCAGAUCAUGAUCGUCCAACGGGAAGUGUGAGAAUUUCUCAGGGGAAUAAUUUUAGUUUUAAUUUAAUGCAUGAAUAAUUGCACAACUAAACAUUUGCCAUGGGGUGCUUGGACUUUGACGAGUAGAUUUAACGAUACUAAACACAGCAUAAUAUUUGUUUUGUUGCUAUUAAUCUAUUGCAGUACAUGCACAUUGUGUAUUUGGAUUUUGACACUUUUGAUGAACUGCUCUACCAACUGUUGCCACAAAUACAAUCAACCAACAAAGAACUAUCAACUUGCCAACCACAAAUAAAUAAAUAAAUGCACUUUGUCCGAGAAACCAGACCUGUUUAACACGAUUCAUUUAUGUGAACCAGUGACUCGGGCUACCUUCACAUUUAAUCAUCCCACCUGCAACGGUCAUUUCUCCAUCUCUCCCCCCCCCCCCCUCUCCUCCUUUUAGUUGGUGUUUGAAAUCUCUCCCUUUCUAUUCAGUUUUCACCCAAACCUCAUCUCAUAUUGCUGGGGGUUUCGUUUGAGAACUCUGCUUUGGAAGGGAAUUAUAUCAAAAGCACCAAGUAAAUACAAUCUUCAUCCAAAUACACGCUGGAUAUUUUGUUGCCUGGGCUUUGACUUAAUGCAACCUCGACACUACAGCAGAUGCAACAAUUAACACAGUGAAUCACAGUCUGGGUUAGAGCAACUUCCUGUUUUAUGCACCAGGCUGCAGCGAGAUUCCUUGUUCACAUGAAUGAUAAACACAACAGCGAGUGAACACCAGCACAAUGGGGCAGGGCUGUAGUAAAUCUGAAGUCGUGCAAAAUUAAUAUUAAAGCACAAUAAGUGAAUAACUAAUGACGUAGAGUUAAAGGUCGCUGUAUGCAGCACCACACGGUUGGAUCAGGAGUCUGAUGGCCGUGUGGCUUCCCAGCUCCUGCAUCCUCACCCACAAGGGGCAUUGUUGACGAUACUUGCAGCUCUCCUGAUGCAACGCAACGUGAGGAUGGACUGGGUGGAAGAACGGGAGCGAGAGAGCGAGAGCGAUAGAGAACGAGUGAGUGGGCGCA